GAUUUGACGCGAGAAAGAGGACAUCCACCAGCCACACUCACACAAACAGCCCCGGCUAGUUCCCCCACCUUUCCCUUCCCUUCCACUCCGCAUCCAUCUCCCAUCUCCGGCCCAUUAAUAUCCACCUCCUCCUCCUCCUCCUCCAAGUCGCCAUUACUGCCGUAGACGGAGCUGCGAGAUAGCGAGGAGAGAGAUCUCUUUUUUCUCUCUCUUCUUGCUAUCUAGGGUUUGUUAAUUUGUUCAUGGAUCAGAGCAGCUUUGGGAAUCUCGGAGCUGGAGGAGGGGGGAGCAGCAGCAGCUCCAAGGCGUCGUCCUUCUUGCAGCUGCACCUGCUGUCAACCACGACGGCGGUGGCGCCGAUGGGCGGCGCGUACUACGGCACGCCGCUCGCGUUGCACCAGGCCGCCGUCGCCGUCGCCGCCGCCGGGUCGUCGUCGCAGUACCAGUUCCACCACCCCAACAAGCACGGCAGCAGUGGAGAGAUCUCGCAGGCGGAGGCUGAUGCCAUCAAGUCUAAGAUCAUGGCGCACCCCCAGUACUCCGCCCUACUCGCCGCCUACCUCGACUGCCAGAAAGUCGGCGCGCCGCCAGACGUGCUGGAGCGGCUGACGGUCAUGGCAGCGAAGCUGGAAGCCCGCCCGCCGGGCCGACCCCACGAGGCUCGCGACCCGGAGCUCGACCAGUUCAUGGAGGCGUACUGCAACAUGCUGGCCAAGUACCGGGAGGAGCUGACGCGACCGAUAGACGAGGCAAUGGAGUUCCUCAAGCGUGUGGAGGCGCAGCUCGACUCCAUCACCGGCGGCAGCCACGGCUCGGCGCGCCUCUCGCUAGCCGAUGGCAAGUCUGAAUGCGUUGGCUCCUCUGAGGAUGAUAUGGAUGCAAGCGGGCGCGAAAACGAGCCGCCUGAGAUAGACCCACGCGCGGAGGAUAAGGAGCUAAAAUACCAGCUGCUGAAGAAGUACAGUGGCUACUUGAGCAGCCUCCGGCAAGAGUUUUCUAAGAAGAAGAAGAAAGGGAAGCUCCCAAAGGAGGCAAGGCUGAAGCUGCUUCACUGGUGGGAACUGCACUACAAAUGGCCUUACCCAUCAGAGACGGAAAAGAUUGCGCUUGCGGAAUCUACAGGCCUAGAUCAGAAGCAGAUCAACAACUGGUUCAUCAACCAGAGGAAACGGCAUUGGAAGCCAUCCGAGGACAUGCCGUUUGUCAUGAUGGAAGGAUUCCACCCACAGAACGCCGCUGCCCUCUACAUGGACGGCCAGUUCAUGGCUGACGGCAUGUACCGCCUUGGUUCGUGAACCUCCAUGGAACAAUUGAUCUAUCGAAAGGUGAUGGUGGUGUCGAAAGAUAUCUGUAUUCAGUACACGUUGCAACGCAUGGACAUUCAUAUGGAAUUUUUGGGACCCUCGAGGAUAGACAGGGGCUCGCUGUAGUGGCGAUGAUGGCUUAUAGUUCUCCGCUGGAGAAUCUCCAGUAAUGUUGUUAAUUUCGGUUCGAAGGCUUGUAUUUUAGGUGUACUUGGCUGUCCUUGAUCAUACCCUGUUAAUUAAUUUGGUGAUGGUCUAUUUGAUGCGCUUGUAUGUUUCA